UUUUUACUCGCCCCCUUCAAAACCGGUGAAUGCUGCGUUCACUUGUCGUUCAGUCGCGGGGAUGUUUAAAACACCCCCGCGUGUGUUAUGUCGGCUACAGCUCAGACUGAAUCAACACCUGCUGCUUCUCCUUGUCAACUCUAACUGACACAAUUGUUUAAUGUAGAAAAUGCCUCGGCCGGCCUUGAGCUGCCCGGGCUGCGGCUCCUCCAACAUCGUGGACGAUGCCCUGUACGCUCAGGCGCAGCUGGUGUGUGUGGACUGCGGCUCCGUGGUGUCCGAGGGAGCGCUGGUCGACGAUCCGGUCGGAGGCUCAGCUGUCAGCUACAGCUGGAGCACAGCCGUGGACAAGAAGCCAUGUGCAAACCUGAUAAAAGGUCUGCAGCGUGUGAAAGCUUUAUGUCGGUCUCUCAGGGUCCACGGUGAAAUCGAGAAUCUCUCACAGACCAAUUACAGACAGGCCUAUCAGCACGAAAGUUUCAUCAAAGUGAGCCUCCAGAAGAAAGAAGUGCUCGCCGGCUGCUGUGUGCUCGUGAGCUGCAGGCUGCUUAACUGGCCCAUUACCAUGGGAACCAUCAGCUGCCUGCUGGACGCCGACCCGAUGGUGGUGGGAGCCGUUUAUCAAGAAAUGGUGAAGAUUCUCAACAUCACGGCUCCGAUCGUUAACGUCACUGACGUCAUGGAGGCCCACAGUCAGGAGUAUAAGAUUUGUUCUCCUCAAGUUCCUGAAGAAUUUGCCGCGAACUCCAAGGACUUGACCAAACGAGCCGUGGCUCUGGUGGAGCUGGCGGCAGACUCCUGGAUCAUAACUGGCCGCAGGCCCGUCCCCAUCAUGAUGGCGGCGAUUUAUUUGGCUUGGCAGUCCUUGCAGCCCACCAAGCACCGGCUCAAAUUCUCUCUGGACAAAUUCUGUCAGAUUGCCAAAGUGAAUAAGCACAAGGCGGCUCUGAAGAGAAUAACCGAGAUAAAGGAGGUGUUGUGUAAGCUGGGUAGGGAGAUUCCCUGGGUCAGGGAAGCAGUGACUCCAGAUAAUGUGGUUCGACAGGUGGAGGAUAUCCUGCAGCACAGGUACGCCCUGCUGAGGAGGGCGCUGAGAACCCACGAGGAAGCUCUGCUGGAGGAGUGUCAGGCCAGCUGCGAGGACUCUCCGACUGACGACACCGCUCCGUCCGAAAUCUCUGAGCCUGUUGCACAAACUAAAAACUCAUCCUCUGCGGAACAAUGUGAACCAAAUGCUGAAAGGGCCAAGCGAUCGGGAGAUGGAGACGCCGAUCCAUGCACGGCGCUUGAGCUACACGGUGACACUCAGGAGAGCCAAGUUCCAGCAACAAACUGGGGGAAGAGAAUGCUGUUUGCACCCCCGUGUGUGAUUCAUCCGAAGAAAAGGAGAAUGGAGCAGCCUGAGCUCAAGGAUGUGACCGGCGAUGAAGAAAUCUCUGACAGUGAAAUUGACUCAUACAUCCGCACUCCUCAGGAAGCGAGAGACUUCGCUCUGGUGCAGAAAAUGUUGUCUGCGUCUGAAAGUGAGAAAUCCUAAUCUGUCGUGUGUAUGGAGAGCCGAGAUUUUUUUUUUCCAUGUCUGUUCAAGUAAGCAUGCAGGUGUUUUCAGUUUUGCUAAGACGUGGUUGACAAAAAAUGAAAUGUUGCCCUAACCUUUUUUUUAAUUUAAGAAAUAUAUCUGUUUAUAAUUUGGUUCUCAAAUAAAACUGUGGUUAAAGUCUAGUUUCUCAAA